AUGAAUAUAGAAAAAGAAGAAGAAAAUUGCUUUGUGGUUGAUUAUGAUAUUGUUAAAUAUAAAGAUAAAACAACUACUAAUAAUUUAUUAUCAAUAUUAUCAACAUCAUCAAUAAAUAACAAGACAUUUAGGAUUAUUAAAUCAAUUAAUGAAAAUAAAAAAAAUAAAUUCAUUCAUCUUGAAGAUUAUGAAAAAAUAAUCAGGAUAUAUUCUGUGAUUGAUGGAUCUUUAAUUAAUUAUAAUAUGAGACUUGAAAAUGAACCAAAUUUAUUAAUUGAAAAGCCAAUGACAGAGGGAUAUAUUGCAAUUAUCAAACCAAAUCCAGAUAAUCCAAAAUAUGAUUUAAAGCAUUGUAUUAAUGAAGAAGAAUAUAAAGCAAUUAGAAAUUUAAAUUAA